AUGAAUUUUGCACAAUCUUGCCAUUUGCUUGACUUCAAAAUCCCGCAAUUAUCGCGUCUUCAUGCCGCUCGUAUGGAACGCAAGCUGGAUAUUCUCAUUAUCUUUGACAGUGCCAACAACAUCAGUAUCUCGAGGUUCAACCCGCUUUUCACGACACACGAUACCUGUCUUGUCUUGUUCCCAAAUGGAACCUCAUUUCUUUUUGUGGAAUACAUUCGGCGCAGAGCCGAGCUGCUGGCAGCUGAAGAUAAAUUAGCGCCUGAUUUGAGGGUAGUGGUGUUUGGCGCCCCGAAUAGGAACGGCUGUUCAAACCUAUGGGAAGCCAUUCACCAACACAUGCUUGUAGCCGUGGAUUUCUCAAGGUUUCAGCCAGCCCUCCAGACUCUUCUGGAGCAUUCGGAAGUCGCUGAUCUGGCUGGCUUGAAAAUUGGCUACGACAGAAAGUAUACUCUCGGGCAGAAGAUUGAGGAGGCCGAAGCAGCGUUUCCGGGCGCUGAAUUCAUCGACUUCACAAACGAGGUCGACAAGUGCAAAAGCGUAUUGGACGAAUACAGUUAUCGAAACAAUAUCAUCGGAGCUGAGCUUGUGCAUGUCGCUUUUCGUCACGCCCUGCAAGCAAUCAGCUUUCAUGCAACCGCUACAGAAGCCAGCUGGUUCGCGCAUGCAGCGUUGGAGACAUACAGAAGCUACUACUAUCCCUCAGUCAGUCUUGCCGGCGUUGGUGCACGGAAUGAUAUCAAUCUGAAUGGGUGCGAUAUCAACAUCGUGCAAGGUUACAAUCGUCCGUAUGAGGAGUCGGUGGACGAGGUGUUGAGGCCUGGCGAGCCCUGGACGCUUACCAUUCUCAUCACCGUCAACGGCACAAGGAUCGAAUUCCUCUACACGGGCGGUAACGGGAUGCCGAGGAAACAGUCUAUUGCCAUGAAGCUUGGGCUGGCUAUGCAGGUCAGGCUGUCUGAUCAAUACAAGCCCAACAUUACAUUCGAUGAGAUGUACAACGAUAGCAACUCCUAUGCGAGUGCGCGUGGCUUCAAGAUUUCACGGCGACGGAUCGGCCACGGCAUUAACCUCCCCGUCCAUGCUCCAGGCUCCAUAAUAAUGGGGAAUCGAUCCGUCAUUCCCCUCGGUUUCGCAAUCACCUACCAGCCUCCCAUCAUAGGCAUGGAUGAAAGCGGAGGACCAAUACAUGCAUUGUUCGGCAACACUUGCAUCAUGAUGGACCAGGGGUUGAUGCCUAUCACCAGCUCCGAUCCCGAAAUGAGGGGCAACGAUAAAAUAUGGACAAUCUACGGACAGACCAUGCCAAAACCGGAGUGGAAAAAGGCAGCAAAUUUCCAUAAGAGUUACGAAAGUUAUCGAACAUGGAGAGCACAACUUUGA